AUGGGUACCCCAGUGAUGUUCUCUCCAGCAUCCUCAGAACACCCAGAAUUGGAAUUGCCGUCUUCUGCAGAAGAAGAAGAGGGAACGAUGAUAAUUCGGGAAUCGAUGGACAUGAACAUUUGCUUCUCUGGAAUGGACAAUAGGGUGUGGCAGGUGGAAGAGAGGAGGGAGCAAUCCGGAGGAUGGUGGAGGUCAUCGUCAAAGAAUUCGAGUUUGAGGUAUGUGACGGUGAAGGGGAAGCCAGGGCACCCAGGGGAGUCGACAAUGAGGAACUGGUUCAGAAUCGAGAGGAUAAGCGAGGGUAACCCUGUAUAUAGGAUCGUCUACUGCCCCAACGUCUGCGAUUCAUGCCAUGUGGUGUGCGGGAGGGUUGGGAUCACCAAGCAAAACGGCGAGCGCUGGUUAUCGGUUUCAGAACAUAGAGAGUUCCCCUUCGUCUUCAUCAGAGCCAGGCACUCCCACGACAAUGAUGAAUAA